AAUUGCAGCAAUUACUAGUUUGCCUUUUGCCUGCAUUUUCCGUAACCAAGCUAAUAAAUGGAAGAUACCAAAAGGUGUGAACUUUGAAAGCGCAUUUACUAGUGUUUACCAACUCCCUCACGCCCCCAAGGCCAAGAAAAGAAAACACACUUUUUUAGCCUUCCCUCUCUCUCUCUCUUUCUCUUUCUUUUCUCCAUUCUCCAUUUUUUUUUCUUCUUAUCACGCGUUUGUGACCACAACCAAGUACGAAAGUUGAGAUUUUUAGCAUACCCAUUUCCACACAAUGUCCAACAAGUCCCCAGUUUUCCCCAUCCCAGACCCCCAACACUUCAGCGACUAUGGAUUUGACCCUCAAAUCAACUAUUUCCAGGUGUUGGAAGAAGCCAUGAAGCACAAGCGCGAGACAGCGAGAUCCAUAGACUCCAUCCACUUCAAGCUCCAGAAGCCCAUUUCCAAGGACGACUCACGUAGCAAGGCCCACAGGCCCAGGAAGAAGCGCUGGUGGAGAAGCGCCCUCCUCUUCUUCAAGUGGCGCUGGGCCCACCACCACCACAACAACGACGACCACGACAUCCACCAGGCCCGGGCCCGGGCCUUCCGGGCCUCAAUUUCGGGCCCGGUCUACUGGACCGAGGCCCGAAGCGGCUCCGCCACCCCCUACCGCUCCACCAGCCGCCCCUCCUCCGGGCCACUCGCCGGAACCGUAACGCCGCCGGCGAAGGAUGACGUGGACACACCUUACUUGAGUCUUAGAGAACUCAACAUGGAGCAACAACAACAACUCCAGCAGAGGAUGUCUACCUCGGCCAUGCCCAUAUACUUGGUCACUUGAAAAAAAAAAGAAAAAAAAAAGAAGAAAAAAUCAAACCAAUCACUUAUUAGGGUAUCACCACUUUCAAAUUCAUGUCUCAUAUUGUGUGCAACAAGAAAAAAAUAUUGGUGGCUGAUUGGAGUGGAGUAGCUUGGUUGGUUACAUGAUUUAGAUUUAUUAUAUUUUUGGGUGGGUUUAUUUUUAUAUUAUUAUUUUCUUUUAACCUAAGAGAAGGAGUUUGUUACUUUGUUUGAUUUGAUCCUCUGGAGGAAAAGGCUGGAUCCUCCUUUUGGUGCUUGUUGCUCACUUUUUUUUUUUGAUAUCAUGCAACUGAACUUGCCUCUCGUGCUAGCUUUUGACCAAAGUUGUUAUUGUUGUGAAUAUCUUAAUUGUGAGUAUUUCUUGAAUUUGGGUCCUGAAAAUGAGGAUCACAUUCA